GCACAUUUCUUUUCUGACUCUGAGAAUCUCACACACACAGACACAGAGAUGAUGACUCGAAUUUCAGCUACCGUGAUCGUACUUAUGGUUGCAGCUCUUAGUGUACUACGUACAGAUGCCUCUGCUUUGUCAUGUUGCAGGAAGUAUACCAAAGGAAUAAUAUCAAUGACAUUUAUCAAAGGAUAUUCCAUUCAGACCAUGACAAGAAACUGCCACAUUGAUGCUGUCAUAUUCCACACAUACAGAGGCAAGAACAUUUGCACAGACCCCACCAAAGCCUGGGUGAUGGAAAAUAUCCGUAAGCUGAGGGAGAAAGUGCAAGUAAUUAGCAGAAAACAUUCAAGGGUCUAAUUGUACAAUUACUGUGCCUAAACAGAUGUUACUACAAGAAUAAUUCUUCAUGGAGGAGGAUCUAUUUCUUUAUGAAAUUUGCAUAUUUAAUCUGCAUAUUUGUAUAUG